UCUAGGUAUAGCUUGCGCAAUUACAUCUUUAACACGGAUUGCGAUCGCGCACUUUCCAUGCAGAAACGUCUCCACCAAUGAAAAUGAGUGUAACAAGAGAGGUAGGAUUUGUACACGUCGAACCGAACACAAAUUAUUUGAGGUCAGGUGAAUUGUCGACCUUUGCGCAGUAAAAUAGAAAUGAAAUCUUCCUCAUCAGGAUGGGGCCCCCAGUGGCUCCUCAGAAUGUCCCAAGACAAACAGGACACACUUCUCAAGAUGUUGGUCCUCUCCAUAGCAGCUAUUCUGUCAUUCUCAACAAGACUGUUCUCAGUUUUACGAUUUGAGAGCGUUAUUCACGAGUUUGAUCCCUACUUUAAUUACCGUACCACAAGAUACUUAACUGAGGAAGGAUUUUAUAGUUUCCACAACUGGUUUGACGACAGAGCAUGGUAUCCACUGGGUCGUAUCAUAGGAGGAACCAUCUAUCCAGGAUUAAUGGUGACAUCUGCAGUUCUGUACCACGUCAUGUGGUUCUUCAACAUCACCAUUGACAUCAGAAAUGUGUGUGUAUUUCUGGCCCCUCUGUUCUCCAGCUUUACCACCCUCGUUACUUACUGGUUCACCAAGGAACUGAAGGAUGCUGGUGCUGGUCUUGUAGCGGCUUCCAUGAUUGCCAUUGUGCCUGGCUACAUCUCCCGUUCCGUGGCUGGUUCCUAUGACAACGAAGGAAUCGCCAUUUUCUGCAUGCUGCUGACCUAUGCCCUUUGGAUAAAAUCGGUCAAAACUGGGUCACUUUUCUGGUCCUGUCUGUGUGCUUUAGCCUACUUUUACAUGGUUUCCUCUUGGGGAGGUUAUGUUUUCUUGAUCAAUUUGAUUCCCCUGCACGUCCUUGCUCUCAUGUUGACUGGCAGAUUUUCUCACAGAAUCUAUGUGGCAUACUCAUCGGUGUACUGCUUAGGAACCAUUCUGUCCAUGCAGAUCUCCUUUGUGGGAUUCCAGCCUGUUCAGUCCAGUGAACACAUGGCUGCCUUGGGAGUAUUUGGACUCUGUCAGAUGCAUGCAUUCAUUGACUAUGUGAGGUCUAAGCUGAGUUAUGAACAGUUCAACAUCUUAUUCAGGAGCAUUGUUCUUUUUGGGGCCAUUGUGGGCCUUUCUGCUGCCGCCAUUGGAACGGCCACCGGCAAAAUCUCGCCCUGGACUGGACGUUUCUACUCCCUGCUGGAUCCCUCAUACGCCAAAAACAACAUCCCCAUUAUCGCCUCCGUAUCAGAACAUCAGCCUACCACCUGGAGCUCCUUCUACUUUGACUUACAAAUGCUCACCAUCUUGUUCCCAGCUGGCCUAUACUUCUGCUUCAAUCGACUGACUGAUGCCAACAUCUUUAUCAUCAUGUAUGGUGUAACCAGUAUCUACUUUGCUGGUGUCAUGGUCCGUUUGAUGUUGGUCCUGGCUCCAGUCAUGUGCAUCCUCUCAGGAAUUGGAAUUUCUGCGACUUUGAACACGUACAUGAAGAAUCUUGAUGUAUCCCGAAAGGACAAGAAAUCCAAGAAGGCUGUGGACCACUCCUACCCAUUCAAGAAUGAGGUCGCCUCUGGGGUGGUGUUAAUGGUGACCCUCUUCCUGAUUACGUACACCUUCCACUGUACCUGGGUCACGUCCGAGGCCUACUCCAGUCCCUCCAUUGUUCUGUCUGCUCGAGCGGGUGACGGGGGAAGGAUCAUAUUUGACGACUUCAGAGAGGCUUACUACUGGCUCAGACAUAACACCCCCGAGGAUGCCAAGGUGAUGUCGUGGUGGGAUUAUGGCUACCAAAUUACAGCUAUGGCCAAUAGGACAAUUCUAGUGGACAACAAUACCUGGAAUAAUACCCACAUAUCCAGAGUGGGACAGGCUAUGUCAUCAACAGAAGACAAAGCUUAUGAAAUUAUGAGAGAGUUGGAUGUCAAUUAUGUGUUAGUUAUAUUUGGGGGUCUUACUGGUUAUUCAUCGGAUGAUAUCAAUAAAUUUUUAUGGAUGGUUCGAAUUGGUGGAAGUACAGACAGAGGUGCACAUAUAAAAGAGGCGGAUUACUACACACCACAGGGGGAAUUCCGGAUAGACAAAGAGGGCUCCCCCACCCUCCUCAACUGUCUCAUGUACAAGAUGUGCUAUUACAGAUUUGGAGAGGUCUACACUGAGGGAGGAAAACCCACAGGAUAUGACCGAGUCCGGAAUGCCGAGAUAGGAAACAAAAAUUUUGAUCUGGAUGUUUUAGAAGAGGCAUACACAACAGAACACUGGCUUGUUCGAAUUUACAAAGUUAAAGAUUUAGAAAACAGAGGAGCAUAACUACUAUGGACAUUUUAGACACAGUACAUGUAACAUGUUCCUAAAAAUACAUUGUGUUUUGUCAACAAUUGAAAACGAAAAGUUGUGAUGUUAAACAUGCAAAAUGUUCUUUUCUUUCAAAUUUUAAAUAUAUAUACUAUAUUACAUAAAAUGAAGAAAAAACCCAGAAGUUGUUAUAUGCAAUGUCUAUGAUAAAAGAUUAUGAGCGACAACCAACUCAGUUUUAACAUUUAUUUUCACGAGAUCUUACAGAAAAUGUACAAUUAGGUCAGUGUGCUGCUGUUUGUAGUGCUAUGUACAUGAAAAUACUUACAUUAUACAAACAAAAUAAAAGUGGAAGUUGUU